UUACUCUUCUAAACCCUUUUAGAUUCAAUGUUUUUUUUCCAGAAUGUUCAAAUCUUGCUUCAGAUUCGCACUUGCUUGAGAUCUCUCAUUUUACAGAUCUUUUUACUCUUGUUUUGAUCUCGUGACUUUGUUCUUCUCUGUUUUAGUCGGUGACCCAUGAGUUCAUGAGAGAACAAAAAUUUUGUCCUUUUUUCGUUUGAGUUGCUGUUCAUUCAAAUCAGUGGUGUGAAUUUGGUGGAGAGCUUAUAAAUAAAAAUUUGAUUUAAUGGUUGCUUAAUUUUGCUUCUGUUAAAAAAAAAUUAGAUUAAUGGCUGCUUUAAUCUUCUUAUGGUUAAAAAAUUUGGAGUGAGGGCUGCUCAAUGCUGCUUGUGGUUAAAUAUUAGUGUUAUGGUGUGGCUGCUUAAAAUCUGCUUCUGGUUAAAAAAAUUAGUGUAAUGGCUGCUUUAAUCUGCUUAUGUAUUUUUUGUAUAUUUUUUAUACACUUACUAGUGGUUUCUUGUGUUUGGCUUUGGUGCUAUCUUUCCUGCUCAGUUACAACCUGAAGCAUGAUGUUAUUGCUUUCAGACAUCAUUUUGUCAUUUGUUUUGUUCACUUUCUUUUUGUUUUUCGAUUUGAUCUCAGCAUGUUUUGACUCUUCUGACAUCGAAAGGUUGAGUGGAUCCAUGAUCUAAUUGAUUAUAUAUGAUGCUUUCUUUUCACAUUCCUACUAUAAAAGCCUUAUAUUUACUUGACCACCACUAUAUCAGUAUCUAUCUAGCGCUGCUUCAGUUUAUAUAUUGUCCCUUUUACAUGAGCUCGUUUGAAAGAAUGCAAAAGAAUCAGUUGGAGACAACAAAUUGUGGAGUCAAUGAUCACGAUUGUCCACCCGUCAAGAACGAAGAACCAGCCGCUGAGGCGCGUUACAGUACAGACAGUGACUCGGGUUUACCAGCUUGUCGUGUAUGCCAUUCUGCAGAAUCUGACAGACGAGGAGAUGCUGCGUUAGGGUUUCUAGGGAUUACACCUCCGGUUCCAGAAGCUCGUAAAAGCAAUGCAGAAGAAACCGCUGAUGAUGUCAGCAAAGCUACAGAAGCUGAGCUGAAGAAUUCUGUCGUCAAAAGCAACGGAGUGGAAUCAGGCUUCGUCGAAAUAACGAGUCCAGAUGGGGAAGUUUUCAUUUGCACAAAUGAUAUAGAAAUGGGAAUCCAGCAGCAUCAGGAUGCACUGCUUGAGCUUGGAUGUUCCUGCAAAAACGAGCUUGCUUUGGUACACUAUGCUUGUGCACUCAAAUGGUUUCUCAACCAUGGAUCCACCGUGUGUGAAAUCUGUGGACAUCCUGCAGAGAAUAUAAAGACUGCUGAUUUCAACAAAGUGGUCAUUGCCUUGAGAGAUUACACGGCACCAGACCUUCUGUUACCUGUGAAUACAGAUUCAACCAUAGAUUCAGAUGAAGUUGCUACCAUUCGAAGGCAACGACUUAGUGAGAUAUCAUCAUGGUUUGGUCCCCAUUCCCUGAACAACAACAACAACAAUAGUUCUGUUGUAGCUUCUCAGGUUAUGCCCGAACAACCUUUAGGUGUUGUCAACUUUGAUAUCUUGCCUACGGAAAGCCGUGCAACUAAAUGGGCUGUGGAAGGUACCGGGAUCCUACUUGCUACAGGGUUACUCACUGUUACUUUGGUCUGGCUCAUUGCCCCUCGUGUUGGAAAGAAAACUGCUAGGAGCGGACUUCACAUCCUUCUUGGUGGUCUCUGUGCUUUAACAAUAGUCAUCUUCUUCAGAUUUGUUGUGCUCACUAGAAUCAGGUAUGGUCCUGCACGCUACUGGGCAAUCCUAUUCAUCUUCUGGUUUCUUGUGUUUGGUAUUUGGGCUUCUCGUGCGAAUGCUUCUCACAGUAGCCCUUGAAUUCAUCAUCAUUAUCUUCUUCUUCCUCUCUGUCUCUCCAUGCGUUAGUCUGUGUACUUCUCUUGGAGAAAAAAAUGUACAUUGCUUCAUAUAUAAGAAAAACAAGCUCAUGCUUCAUUGAAUAUGAUGAAUAUAUUCAUUA